ACACAAUAAACAAAGACACUUAAUUAGAGAGUAGAAAAUUAAAUCAAAAAUGGGUUCUGAAAAUAUGAAGCUUCCAAAUAUAGACUUUUCUCAUGAAGACCUAAAGCCAGGAACACUUGUAUGGAACCAAGUGAAAGGUCAAGUUCACAAAGCACUUGUAGAAUUUGGCUGUUUUGAAGCAUCUUUUGAUAAAAUUUCUAUACAUCUUCGAAAUUCCAUUUUUGAAUCCUUACAAGAGCUGUUUGAUCUCCCUUUACAAACCAAACUUAGAAACAUUUCGAAGAAACCAUUUCAUGGCUAUGUUGGACAGUAUCCUGCAGCUCCACUCUAUGAAAGCAUGGGCAUUGAUGAUGUUGAAAAAUUCACUCAGAUUAUAUGGCCCCAAGGAAAUCCUUCUUUCUGCAAAACUAUUCAGUCAUACUCAGAGCAACUAUCAGAGUUAGACCAGACAAUAAGGAAGAUGAUUCUGGAGAGCUUAGGCAUCGAAAAGUACAUGGAUGAGCAUAUGAAUUCGACCAACUACCUUCUUCGAGUCAUGAAGUAUAAAGGACCUCAAACCAGUGAGAUUAAAAUAGGACUAAAAACUCACACUGACAUAAACACUGUUACUAUACUGUACCAAAAUCAGGUAACUGGUCUUGAAGUUUUGACCAGAGAUGGACAGUGGAUCAAUGUUGAACCUACACCAAACACUUUCAUUGUCAUGAUUGGAGACUCUCUAUAUGCAUGGGUAAAUGGUCGAUUGCAUUCGCCAUAUCAUAGAGUGAUGAUGAAAGGAAAUGAAGCAAGGUACUCAGUUGGUUUGUUUUCAAUACCUAAAGCUGGAUACACAAUAAAGGCACCAGAAGAAUUGGUAGAUGAUGAACAUCCUUUACUAUUUAAGCCUUUUGAUCACGUUGAAUUCCUUGCUUUCUACUACACUGAAGAAGGCCAAAGAUGUGCAUCUGCUCUGAAGACCUAUUGUGGUGCCUAAGCUAAUUUAAUUGAUUAUUAUGUUUACCAUGAGUUGUUGUCAUGUGAAAAGGAAGUCACGGGUUCAAGCUUUGGAAACAAUCACUUGCAAUUGCAGAAAUGUAACGUGAGGUUGCGUACAAUAUGCCCUUGUAGUCGGCCCCUUCCCCGGACCCUACGCACAGUGGGAGCUUAGUGCACCGAGCUACUUUUUUUAAAAAAAAAAAAAUUAUGUUUAGCAUGAAAAUAAACUUUAU